CAGCAUUCGGUCGAAACGGUUGUGAAUGCGCUCGCGAGCCGCGUAAUAUAUUUUAUAUUGUGAGUGAAUUACAGUCCUCCUCUCAAGUGCUGCUAGUGGGGAGAUUGAACACAAAUAGUAAAAGCAACAUAAACACACAAAAUAUCAGCCGAAACAUAGAAAACGCUGAACUUUAAUUGUGGCAUAAAAACAGAAAGCUAGUAAGAACAAUUACUUAGUACACAUACUAAGUAUAGAUCGUGACAAAGAUCUUCAAAAACCAAAAAUAAAUAUAUAAACGUGAGUGUUUGUGUGAGUGUUUUCUGAUCAUUCGUAUCGAAAUGCAAAUUACAAAAUCAUAUUAACAAAUUGCAUUUGAAAAUUUGUGUUAAUACAACAAACGGUGCUCGCGAAUGGGAUUGAAUGCUUAAAACAUUAUGUCGAUUGUGUGCAUCUUAGAACAGAAGGUGAAUUUUAUCAAAGAGGCUGCAACAAGCAAACAUAUUCUAACACUCAAAAACAGCAAUAAGACCAAUAGCAACAACUGUGCGGAUAACAACAACAGUCGAUGUGCAAUAUCAUCAUUCGCAGCCAAUGACAACAAAGCACAAUUUGAGCUUGCGAACAUUAAUCUGAAACUGCUGCAGUAUAAUCGCCAGUAUCAGGAUCAGAAACAGGAGUACAGCGAGUUCGCUUCUCGUCCACUGUCCCACUCAGUGGUGCUUAAACGGGAGCGGCAGGGAGAAGAGACAGAAGAAGAAAAAGAAGAAGAAGAAGACGACGACGAGCUGCAGGCGACGGCAAUGCCCGAGGUGCUCACUGCCACGCCCACCCAGAGUCAUAACAAAGCUCCCGUCUCUGCCUCCAUGAUGAGCAGCGUACGCAUGACGACUAUCUCACCCACGUUGUCCAUGAACGGAAGUUCCAACGAAGCCACCAAUCUUCAUCCAUUGUCCAUGUAUGGCGGUUCAAUCAGUCCACAGUCCAAUGACAGCGGAAUGUCGGAGAGCCACAGCAUGGGCAAGUUUGUGCCCGCCGGCGGCUACGGGGAUGGUCACAGUCACAGUCACGGUCACGGUCACGGCCACAAUCACGGACACAGUCUCGGCCAUGGACAUGGUCACAGUCUGAUGGGCAAGCCUGCGAGUGGAGGUAGCUCGCCAUCCACAAUGACGGCCGCACAGAAGGAGCUGUUCUCGCAGCGCAAGCAGCGCGAGUUUACGCCGGACAACAAGAAGGAUGAGAGCUACUGGGAUCGGCGACGACGCAACAAUGAGGCUGCCAAAAGGAGUCGCGAGAAGCGACGCUACAACGACAUGGUGCUGGAGCAGCGCGUCAUUGAGCUGACCAAGGAGAAUCAUGUGUUGAAGGCGCAGUUGGAUGCCAUUCGCGACAAGUUCAACAUAUCUGGCGAGAAUCUGGUGAGCGUGGAGAAGAUCCUCGCCUCUCUGCCCACCAGCGAGCAGGUGCUCAGCAAUACAAAGCGCGCCAAGAUAAGCAGUGGCACCUCCUCCUCCUCGUCCAAUGGCUCCUCUCUCGCCUCUUCGCUCUCCUCACCCGAAGCCAACGCCGGCGACAACUCGCCCGCACCACAUGGCCAUGGCUAUGGUAGUGGCUCCAUUGCUCCGCCUCUCUCGCCCAUCAUCUAUGGACCCAACAGCAACAACAACAGCAGCAGCAGCAGCAGCAGCAACAGCAGCCAGCGUGUCAACGAUGCGACAGUCAACAAGAAUGGCCAUGUUGUGGUGCAGCAUGCUGGGCCGCCAGCGUCGACGGCAUUGCCAUUGCCUUUGCCACUGACUGCGCCCCAUCCUCAAACGCAUGCGCAUUCACAACCGCAUCCUCAUCAUGCCUAUCAACAGCUGCAGCAGCAUCAACAACAGCAACAGCAGCAGACACAAGAGGCCGUUGCUCCGCCCCCGCCAAAUGAUGCACACAAUCGCCCGCUGCCGCCCAGCAAUGCCAUCGCCAAUCUGGUGCAACAGGCGCUCCAUCGCAACGUCAGGCCCGAGGAUUUGGACAGUCUGCGCAAGGUUGUGGCCGUGGGAGCACUCUACAACGCAGCUGCUGUAGGCGCCACGCCAGCGGCUUACGUCUCCCCAGCUGUGACAGCCACGCCGACUUCUGCUUCCGCCUCCGCCUCCGCCUCAAUGUACAUGUCCUCGAUCAGCAAGGAACAGCUGGAGGCAGCCAACUACCUGCACAGUCACAACAUUAGCCACAACCACAACCACAAUCAGAGUCAGAGUCAGAGCCUCGGCCAGAGCGUCGAGGGAGCUGUCAGCAGCAGCGCUGUGGACGCUGUGAGCAGUUCGUGCUCUGGUUCCUCAUCGGUGGUCAGUUCAGCGGCGGCCAGCGUUUUGAAUCUGUCGCGGCGCGCCUGCUCGCCCAGCUACGAGCACAUGCUCUCCUCGACCACCUCGUCGACGCACCAUCAUCAUCUCUCCUCCGCCUCAUCAGCAUUAUCGUCGUCAUCGUCUGCGUCGUCGUCGGGCGCCGUCUCCGGUGACGAUGAGCAGGAGCAUGACAUCGCCGAGGAACAUUUGCAUCCGCUUUCGCAUACGCAUACGCAUACGCAUCAGCAUGCACUUCAGCAUCCCCAUCAGCCGCAACACACUCUGUCGCUGGGGGCGCACAGCAAUGCUGGCAACAGCAGCAGUGAUGCCAACAACUGUUUGCCUCUCAAGCUGCGGCACAAAUCGCAUCUAGGCGACAAGGAUGCGGCGGCGACAGCGCUGCUUUCGCUGCAGCACAUCAAACAGGAGCCCAGCUGCAAUCGUGCAUCGCCUCCAGCGUGGAACGACGGUGGCGAUAACUCCAGCGAUGAGCGCGACUCGGGCAUCUCAAUUGCCAGCAGCGAGUGGACAACGCAAUUCCAACGCAAGCUCCUCGCUCCCAAAGAGGCCGCGAACGCCGCCGCCGCUGCCGCCGCGGUCUCUGUGGCCGUUGGCGUAGUGUCCAACGUGGAGCGAGACCAGAUGCUAAAGAGUCAGCUGGAGAGGCUGGAAUCGGAGGUGGCAAGCAUUAAGAGUAUGAUGAUUCUCGCCGAGUAGGAGAUGAGAGAGCGAGAGUGAGAGCGAGAGCGAGGAGAGAGAGCGAAUAGACAGAUUGAAAUUGGUUCGAGAUACUUUUGAAUGCAAAUGCAGAAUGUGAUUGCAACUAUAUGCGACUUGGAUGGGAUAUGGAGUGGAUUGAGAAUGGAUAUCGAUAAACACACACUCACACACACACACACACACACACACUAUACGUACUAUAUAUACAUAUAUUUUAUUGUUGAUGCAAUUGACUAUUUCUGUAUUUCUGUGUAGAGUUUGUUCUAUAAUCAUAUCUAACAAAUAUUUAUAUAUGCGAUAAACUAUAUAGAUCUCGUCUUAAUCGGAUUUACGUUCUAGAGUCCGUUCCAAUUAAUUAACAGAAUUUGCACACAUACACACAUGCAAUACAUGUACAUUAAGUAAUCAUUUAUUGUUAUACUGUUAUUGUCUGAUUUUCCUUAUUCGCAGAAUCAUUAACAUGUUCGCAUACAUAUUAUAUAUUCACAUACAUACAUAGAUACUUUUCUAGUUUUAGAUGUUGCUAAGUAUUUCCUAUUGUUAUCACCUUUAAGUUUAAGCUUUAAAGACAACUUUUUCGCGCUAGUAACUAUUCCUAUUUCCGUCUCAUCUGAGUCAGGCGACAAAAUUUUAUAUUUUCACUGUACAUACAUACAUAAAGUUGUAAGCUUAGUUACGUUUAAGCUCUAUACAUAUAUAAAAUAUAUAGACACAUGAAGCAACUAUAACAAUUACAUAAUGUACGAGAUUAAACUAUAAAGAUUAUAUUUAAUAUAUACAUCGCAUACAUA